UUCGAACGAGUUGGAUAUACCGAUUUUCGCUCCUGUAUUUAUUCUAACUCGAAGCCGGUUUAUACCUGAAACUUUAAGCAGUAUAAAGUUCUUUUCGGUACCUUUUACUGCACUAAGGUCCCGUCUAACAAUAGGCGACAUCGUGAAUAGUUUUAGAUCAUCCUGGCACUCUAGGCUAGUUUGCAAUUGUUUUCAAACAAACUUUUGCGGGAAAGCGGAAUCUCUUGUGUUUUUGACAGACUGAUAAGAAACACUAAGUGGAAGAAAGAUACAUUCAGAAGGACAAAAAGUGUUCUUGUGGUGCUUUUUAAGUGAACUUACGAAUAAACAAUUGCUUAUACAGAACAAUUUUAGGUCUAGUUAUGUAUUGUGUCUGAGUAUUAGAAGUGACUUUGAUUCCUGAGAUUAACUUGGGAUUCUUUAUUUUUAUCAAGAUGAAAUUGACCAUUGGUUUAGUAUUAUUGACAGUGCUCGCGCUAGUACUAUCCGAGCCGAAUAAUACCAAAACAAAAGUAAGAGUUUUAAAGUGCUGCCGUGACGAUCAGGAGUUGAGAGAAUCGGAUGAACCUGGAAUAGUAGCAAAAUGUGUCAUGUCACAAGGUCCUUGGUUACCACUGAUUUAUUCCCGAAGGCAUCAAAAGCUUCUACCCAGCAUACCAAAUGAAUGGGAAGUAAUCGAAGAUACGAAACCAAGAUGUCCCGACAAUACUGUCCUCACCUUCGUACCCGACGCACCGAACCCUUUUUUCCUAACAGAAGAGGGUCACGCACUCCUCAGCGUCGAAUCCAACGAAAGCGUGAAAGCCGGUGAAUACUGUGCGGAUUCUAAAGCUCUCCUCGUCUGUGCAAAAAGAACGGAGAACCACGCGGCGGCAACUAAGAAGCCUCAGGUACAUCGCUGCUGCGGGAAAAAUGCAAUUUUUGAAGAAAACGAGAGAAUAUGCGCUCUGUUAAACGACGAUCCAGACGCGCCGCCAUUGCUAUCAAAUGCGUCGAUGGUGGAUAUCGUACCUGGUUUUCCACCAUGUCCAAAUUCCGACAAGUACGACAUUGUCGGGAAGGUCGAAGACGCCGUGUUACUUCCCAACGGAGGUUUGGAGGUCGAUGGCAUCCAAUUGCCAACUGGACAAUUCUGUAUCGAAAGAAUCAUGGAGACAAAAAUUGCCAAAGUCUUUGCCUGCUCCGAACACAAUCCACAGAGAUCGGUGGUCCAGAAGGCAGACAUCAGGUUCACCUUGUACCCGCUCGCCUUCAUCAUCAGCGUGAUCUUCCUGGCAGCGACCUUGGGAACUGGAUGGCUCCUACCAGCAUCUCAUCACGUAUUGCACUGGCGCUGCCAAACUCAUCACAUCGCGUGUCUGAUGCUGGGUGAUCUUGUCAUGGCGAUAAUUCAGUUAGCCAGUGGUUCGAUCAAAGGACCAAGUUGUAAAGCAUUAGCUAUCAUGGCGCACUUUUUCUUCUUGGCAGCAUUCUUCUGGCUCAACACCAUGUGCUUCAAUAUCUGGUGGAGUUUCCGCGAUCUGAGAUCGGCCAUGUUGGAGAAAGGACCGAUGACUUUGCGACUGAGAGUCUACGCUUGCUACGCGUGGGGUGGUCCGUUACUGGUCGCUGGGCUGGCAGCGCUCUUGGAUUAUCUGCCACCCCAGCCUGAAUACAAUUUCCUGAGGCCACGUUUCGGCGAGAAACAGUGCUGGUUCUAUGGGGACAUGGAGAUUCUGGUUUACUUCUUCGUACCCGUCGGCAUCUUGCUUGCCGUUAAUUUGGUAUUUUUCGCUGCCACGGCCUGGGAACUCACCUGCGGAUUAUGGAAGGGUGAAUUUGUCAAGAGCAACACUGAGAGAGCCGCCCUGGGUCGAGUCUGCAUGAAGCUGGUGAUCGUGAUGGGCGUCACGUGGGUGACCGACGUCGUCUCUUGGGCAGUGGGUGGUCCCCAGUAUCUCUGGUACUUUACGGACCUCGUGAACGCCUCGCAGGGUGUCUUCAUCUUCAUCGUCGUUGGCUGCCAGCCACAGGUGAGAGCUGCGGUGAAGAGGCUGUGCAGCAAGAAUCCCAGGAGUAACGCCGGCAGACAAGGAAACGCGCUGAGCACUACGAGCCACGGGAUGCCCAGUAUGGGCGACAGCGUCACUCAGAAUCCAAGUACGAAAACGGCGCCGUUGGAAACUAUUUGCUAGAAAGUUCCGUUUGACAACGAGGAUACCAAGGAGGACCAAUGACUUCGACGUCUGGAGGAGAACGUAAUGAGAUACGUGGAGAGAGGGAUUUUCGAGUAUAAUGACGGAGGAUACCUAUCGCACGGAAGAUCUUGGGAUGCUGGAUCCUGCGGUGCGGUUGGACCCUUAGAGCGUAGAAUAAGUACAGGAGACAUUCGAAGACUAAAUAUUUCUUUCGUACCUCGAGAUGAAAUGAAGAAAAAUCGGGAAUGAGAUUUUUGAUAUUUAUAUCUAUAGAUAUACACUCCUCUCUGGACGUAGAUACGAAGACUAUACUAGAAUCGUAAUAACUCUAGUGUACACGUAUAACAUGAAUGGUUAUCGAGUCACUGCCCAAACCGAUCGACAGAUCGGCGAUCGCAUGAUCAUUGCGAAUUUUCGAUAUCCAAUCAAUCCCAAAGAAUCGCGAGGCGCGUAUUCCCGCUCGUGUAAAGUUUCGACUGAAUGGAGGAGAGGCAUUUUUGUUUUUAUUUCAUUUUUUUUAUUUCAUUUUUUUUUAUUUCAUUUUUUACAUACGUUUUUUUUUACCUCUUUUCUUAAUAUUUCUUUCAUAAGCGCGUCGAGUAGACCUCAUCAGUCUGCUCGCGUAAAUCCUCGUGCGAAUCGAGGUUGUUAUAAUAUGAAUUACGACUCGUGACAAUACGCAAGAUGGGAAAUCAAUGCCUUUUCGAAAUGCCUUCCGAACGUGAUGUUCGACGAACCGAAUUGUAUUCAAGAAACUUUGCGAUUCUCGGUGUUGUAAAAGCGCUAAUUAAUGUUUCACGACUUAUCAUGUAAACGUCAAGCUGAUAAUUUCGCGUGCUUACUUUUUUUUUUAUCUGACCAACACAAAACCUAACAAUAACAGUUGCGGUUUUAAUGGGCAUUCAGAACUCUUUCGCGAGAAGAGUAUGUGUUCAAUGAAUGGCGUGAGAAAGAGAGAGAGUGAGAGAGAGAGAGGGGGGGGGGG